AUGCAAUCGUCUGCUUCAUCGCAGCAGGUCUCUAGGGACUGUGCUGGGCCAGCGAACAAUCCGCCCGCGCCGGCUGAUGGCUUCGAUGACGAUCCCAUUCUCAGCAUGAACUUUAUCGGAUCUUCUGACCAGGCGUGCAAGGAAUGUAGGAGACGCAAGGCACGAUGCAAUCGAGCCCUGCCCACCUGCGAUUUGUGCGUCAAGUAUCGCAGGCACUGUCUCUACGAAAAGCAUUCACGAACGCCACUCACGCGCAAGUCAGCCUUCCCAGAUCUGAACCCUGUUCUUGCACGUCUGGAGAGAGCCGAAGCCCUCUUGAGGCAGAUGCGUAGCUUGAUUCCUCCUCAGUCAAGAACAUGGGAGAAACAGGGCACUGCCGCUGGUGCGUACCACGUUCGAGAUGGCGAUCACCCAUCAUUCAAUUUCUCCGAUGCGGUGGAAGCCAAAUCGGAUCCCGAACCUGACGGGUCUCCUGUGAAGGAUGUUGCGGAACAUACGGCAACGGCUUCAUCCGUCUCACCUCGACAGGGAAGGAUGGAGCAUCGACAUGUAGACCCCGACCACCAGCGAAUGCUGGAAAGGCCUCCCCUCGAGGACUUUGAAUGGAACGAGAAUGACUCUGCUAGAGCAUAUUCCCUUUCCCCCGACACAGGCGGCGACGGUGCCGUGGAGGAUACGCCGUUAUCGGAUGGCAUGGCGUCCCUGAGCGUGAAUGAACAGGCCAUGCUCGAUGCCUUCUUCCGGCACUAUCACGUCAGCUACCCGGUUGUCCACGAGCCGACUUUCCGCGCGCAAUACAGCGAGGUGAUCCCUCGGCCAAACGGACAGUGCUGGACGGCUCUCGCGUACAUAGUCGCAGCGAUCGGGGUGUGGACAUCGGCCCCAACGUCGGCAGAUACACUGGACAUGGCGCUUUUUGCGCAGGCCAGGUCGAUUCUGGGCUUCAACUUUCUCGAAGUCGGGAACCUGAGCCUGGUCCAAGCACUCAUCCUGGCGUCAAACUACCAGCAGAAGCGGGACAAGCCCAACUCUGGGUACAACUACCUGGGGCUGUCGGGGCGAAUGGCCAUGGGCCUGGGUCUGCACAAGGAGUUUCAGGGGUGGAACAUUCCCCCGCUGAACAUGGAGAUUCGGAGACGGGUCUGGUGGUGUCUCUGCUCCUUUGACAUUGGCGCGAGCAUCACCUUUGGCCGGCCGGACGUGUGGCCGCACAAGGGCGUCGAAGUCGCGUUCCCCCUGAACGUCAAUGACAAGGAUCUCACUGCUGCGUCGCAGGCAUACCCGCGCGAGAGCCGCCAGAUGACACCAUAUACGGCGGUGGCGACACAGGCGCGGUUUCAUAUCGCUACGCACGAGUGCUAUCAAAAGGUGAUUUCGAAGCCGUUCCCGACGGCUGAAGAGCUGCUCCGUCUGGACUCGUCUCAAAUAGAGCCCUGGAAGGCCAGCAUACCUCCUUACUUUGCAGAAGGCACGCCGGUUCCCGGCCGGUACGCCCUGCCGCAAGCCAUCAUGGCCUGGCGGCUGCGCAACCUGCGCAUCAUCAUGUACCGGCCGUUCGUGAUUCGCCGGGCAUUGCGACGAAGGGCCGACACCGACAAGGCCAGCGCAAUAGCCUACGAAAGGUGCCUGGCGGAUGCCGAGUCAACCAUUGACAUGAUUGAGGAUUUCUGGAACCGGCACGAGCACAAUCGGCUCGCAGCUUGGUAUGGACUAUAUUUUCUCUUCCAGGCAGCACUCAUUCCUUGCAUUUGUCUCCGAGACGACCCCUCUGCGGCCGAAGCAUCAGGCUGGCGCAGACAAAUCAGCAUCGCGCUGAAUGUCAUUGCAGCCAUGAGCUCCCUGAAUGCUAGCUCGGCCCGGUGCCACCAAAUCAUAUCCGACCUGUGCAGCAGGCAUCUCGACACGACUGCCUCGGCAAACAUGGAGACGCCAUCAUGCGCAACGCCUCACAUGUCGCAGCAAGUCCUCGAGACCAGGCCGCCGUGGCCUGGAGGCCAACCGGUGGGGGAGGGCCCAGAGACUCAGAUAAAUGACGUAUUCAGCAUGAUGUGGCCAAACAUACCGCCGUUGGAGGCGGCUGAUGUCGUCAUGGCAGACGAAGUUGGGUGGAUGGAGUUUCUGAGGUCGGGGAGUGUCGAUAAUUGGGAUGAUGCCUCGGGGUAA